GAAUUUUCAACCCUGUGGUAAAAUUAAAUUGAAUGUCAAGUAGCCACAAUGAUAUUUGCAAUUAAAAGGCUUUUUCAAAUUGUAUCAUCGAAAAGUGUUCUAAAAUUGGUUUGGAAUUGUAAGAAUAUUUCUGAAUUUCAUAAUUUUGUAUCCCUGUUAUUAUUUAAAAUGUCUAAAUCUCAGUCAUUUUUGUACCCUAUCGCUCCAAAAAGCAAAACGGUUGAUAAUUUUCACGGGACAGAGAUUACAGAUCUUUAUAGAAGCUUGGAAGAUCCAGAUUCUGAAAUAACCAAAGAUUAUGUAGAACAACAAAAUAAAAUUAGCCAACCAUUUUUGGAAGAUUGUCCCGAAUGGAAGAAAUUUAAUGAAAAAAUAACUAAACUGUGGAAUUAUCCAAAAUAUACUUGCCCAUGGCGUGAAGGCGAUAACUACUAUUUUUUUAAGAAUGACGGUCUUCAAAACCAAAGUGUUUUAUUUAAAUUGAAAAAUUUAAAUGAUCCAGAUCCAAGGGUUUUUUUAGAUCCUAAUCAGUUAUCUGAAGAUGGUACGGUAGCAUUAUCAACAACAGCUUUUUCAGAUGAUGGGAAAAUUUUUGCUUAUGGUUUAAGUGAAAGUGGUUCAGAUUGGAUAAAAAUUAAAAUUAAAGAUGUAGAAACAGAUAGGGAAUAUGGGGAAGUUUUAGAGAAAAUUAAAUUUUCCUCGAUUGCUUGGACGCACGACAAUAAGGGAUUUUUUUACUCCCAAUAUCCUGAUCAAGAUGGAAAAACUGAUGGAUCUGAAACUCAAGCUAAUGAAAAUGAGAAAUUAUUUUAUCACCGCAUAGGUGAUCCACAAAGUAACGACACCUUAUGUGUCGAAUUUCCUAACGAACCAAUAUGGCGAACAGAUCCAAUUGUAUCAGAUUGUGGAAAAUACUUAAUUCUCAACGUGGUAAAAGAUUGUAGAGAUAAUAUGGUUUAUUAUGCUGAUUUAGAAAAAGAAGGACACAUUACAAAAAACUUAACUAUAUACCCCAUUAUAAAUGAGUUCGAAGCAGAUUACGAAUACAUCACUAACAACGGAUUAAAUAUGAUCUUUCGAACAAAUAAAGAUGCCCCAAAUUAUCAGCUUAUUGUGAUUGAUUUUAAUAAUCCAAAUAAGAAACAUUGGAAAACUCUCAUAAAAGAACACGAUACUGAUGUAAUAGAUGAGGUUUUAUGUUGUGCGCACAAUUAUCUUAUUAUUUCGUAUAUGCAUGACGUGAAGAAUGUUUUAAAAGUAUUCGAUUUAACGUCGGGGAAUUAUAUUCGUGAUUUUCCUUUAGAUAUUGGAACAGUCUCUCUUAGCGGUGAAAGGAAGUUUACAGAAAUAUUUUUCACAUUUAUAUCUUUUUUAAACCCAGGAACUAUAUAUCGGUUUGAUUUUGCGAACGGUAUCCAAUCAGAACCAGAAGUAUAUCGUGAUAUAAAGCUUAAUUUAAAAAAAUUUGAAAAAGAGGACUACAUUGUUGAACAAAUUUUUUACAAAAGUAGAGACAACACAAAAGUGCCUAUGUUUGUUAUACGAAAAAAAACCAAGGAGGUUCAACCUAGACCGUGCUUGCUCUAUGGUUAUGGUGGAUUCAACGUAAGCUUAAAUCCAACUUUCAAUAUCACUGGACUUAUGUUUAUAGACACCUUUGAUGGAGUAUUGGCAUAUCCAAACAUUAGGGGGGGUGGCGAAUAUGGAGAAAAAUGGCAUAAUAGUGGACGCUUACUUAACAAGCAGAAUGUUUUUGAUGAUUUUCAACACGCAGCUAAAUAUUUGAUAAACAACAAAUAUACAACCAAAAAUAAACUUAUGAUUCAAGGUGGUUCAAACGGUGGAUUAUUAGUUGGGGCUUGUAUUAAUCAAACCCCGGAGUUGUUUGGUGCUGCUGUGGCUCAAGUUGGCGUAAUGGACAUGUUGCGAUUUCAUAAAUUUACUAUUGGAAUUGCUUGGUGUUCCGAUUAUGGGAAUCCAUCUGAAAAAAAGGAAGAUUUUGAAAAUCUUUAUAAGUAUUCUCCGUUACAUAAUGUCCAUGAACCAAGAAACGACAUCGAAGAGUAUCCUUCAACAUUACUCUUAACUGCAGACCAUGAUGAUCGCGUAAGUCCAUUACACUCUUUAAAAUUUGCAGCGGCGUUACAGGAUGCUGUUAGAUCGUCAAAAUUCCAAAACAAACCUAUUUUGCUGCGUGUUUAUACGAAGGCCGGUCAUGGUGCAGGAAAGCCUACUGCGAAAAAGAUAGAGGAAGCAACUGAUAUCAUGACUUUCGCUUUUAAGAGUUUGGAAAUAGACCAAGUAAAUUUAUGAUUCUUGUCAUAGCAUAAAAGAUGAAUUGUUUUAUAAUGUAUAAAUUGCAUUUUUAUAUUAUGCCUUGUUAAACUUAUAAUCGCAUUUCCGCGCAUUUUUUGAAAUAAAAUAUCCCGUAUGAAUACCAAAAAAGUUUUCUUUUUUUUUUGU